CGAGCCCCCAGUCUCGGGUGCUGGCUUUAACUAAUAAGAGUCCAUCAGCCCUGUCAAGCAUUCCCCCAAAGCCGCCCAGCUCCAACCCACCAGUGCCACCUCACGAUAUACCCACACGGACCGACUGUCGAUCCCGCUUUGACAGCCACUGUGGGCCAUUCCCGUCCCCUGUCACCCCACUAUUUCCACCUCCAUCUCGAACCAUCCUCAACCCAAGCAGUCCAAGCAACGACAUCUCGGACCAUCAUCACCUCAUCUUCAUCCCACCUACAACUCCUCGCCAAUAUUUAUGUUAACCACGCCGCGUCCAUGCCAGAACCUGACCAUUCGCGUAUUCGACAUGCGACGGUAGAGGAUUGUGUCGACGAAAGUGAUGCUGCCUUCCUGGACUCCCGUCAUAAUGUCCAUGUCCCAUCAAGAAGCCCAGACCACACUGUGGUUUCUGAAAGAAGGCAUGCCAGACCCUUGAGAGAAGGUCGUGACUCGAGAUAUGGCAGCCAAAGUGUCACCGUACCCGCCGAGCCACUGUCGACCAAUCCAAAGCCCACUGCUUUUCCCAUCGAGAGGGAGCGACAGCCUUAUCACAUCACGAAACAGCCAUCUUCCAAACAACCUCCUCGCCAACAGACCUCUGUAAGAGCCAAGGACACCAUCUCAGAGCCACAACCCGAGAGGCCUCACCCUAAAGCCGAGUGGGCCCAUCCGAGGGGAAUGUGUCGUCUUUGUGACCAUUUUGGUUGUCAUGAUGAGUCAAAGGCCGACAAGCUACCUCCGCUUCAGAUACAGCCUCAUUCCCCUAAAGCAUCGAGGAAGACCGCCGUCCGAGAUCUACCUGAGUCCGAAUCAUCGGCUGUCCGUAAAACCAGGAGAUCUUCCUCGGCGCAAAGAGCUUUGCCAUUGACUCUGAACACGAGUUUUGCCUCACCGCCUCCACAUCAACCCUACUACUCCCCUACCCCAGUUCUUCCACACCCAGGUUGGCAGACCCCAGUGCUUCCGCCCUUGCCGUAUGGUCCUUCUCCGUAUCCUUUCGUAUCCCCGGACCCCGCCUCCGCCACGAUCCAGUAUUCCGCAUAUCAGCCUCCUGGCCCCUUCUACGAGCCGUUCCCCCAAAUCCCCCAAGAGACCAGAUCUGCCCAGCCAAGCCGCCGCCCAAGUCCGCACAAGAGGUCGUCAGUUUACGGACAGCCACUUAUCAGGUAUCCGUCGCAUGAAGUCGAGUCAAAUUAUUACGAAGGGCCGUCUCGAGAAUACAUGUCCAACGCGCCGUCCCACCGGCCAAGACAAACUUUCGACGUUGACCGUCAAGCCAUGCCACCACCUGCAAAGACACAAUCGAUUAGUACACCCUUUGCACAGAAGCCACGCAACACACGAGCGCAGACAUAUCAUUCAGAAGACUCACUUCCCCGUCAGAGACCUUCACGGGCGCGCGAACAAUAUGAGGAAGACGAUGGCUAUCGGGAGAUGCGUGCCACAACGUCGCAUCGAGGGCGAAGGGAAUCCCCCUCUCGACCGCCGACUUCGUACAAGCCCCCAAGCAACCUAGAGUCAAGACCAGGCCUGCCCAAAAAGGCAGUCUCGUACUCCACUCCAGAGACUGUUAGCAGGGUAGCGUCGUCCCAAAAGCUAGCACAGCGGAGUAAUACGUUGCCUUCCAUCUCUCUAGAACAACAAGAGGCCAACGUGGAAGCAUAUCAACGAAAUAAAAAGAGAGAGAGUGCCAACUUGGGCCUGAGUUACGAGGCACUGAAAAGCCUGAGCAAAGGCACUUCAAGUUCCCGCUCAGAGACGGCGAGCAGUUACAGUCACAAGAGUCACCAGUCAUCCAAGGAUUCCUCACGGGGACUGAGCCACGCAAGUACUUCUGCCACCCAAUUUACCAUAUCGGGAGGAGGCCUCAGCCUGAGUAUUCCGGCGAAUUAUGGUGCAGAUGGUCAGCCUUCCCUCAGUUUUAGCUAUGGAGAUGCCGUGGUGAACAUUGGAGGGUCUGGCCGAGAGCCAGAAAGGGUUCGAGAGCAAAAGAGACUCGAGCGUGCUCCAAGUGUGACCAGCAAAACGUCAAAGGUGAGCAUGGCGAGCAGUAACAUGUCGAUCGGCGACCCAGUCAAAAGGGCUCGACGCACGUCUCAAUUGGAGGAGGCCGCCGCGAGGACCAAUCGACAAAGUGGUCGAACUUCAAGCACUACACGACCUGCAUACGACUAUUCAUACCAACAAAGGCGACAGAGCGUUGAUCUAAGCUCAUUUGAAGACCUGGAUCUCAAUGCUUGAUUCAAGCUAUCUAGUUGGUUUCGGCUGAUUAGACUUCUGUCGACAACCACCCAUUUCUUACCCUCACCCAAUCCCUCGGAGGUUUUUCUAUCGUGUCGUUCAUGGCUUAUUUCUCCAAAAUUUGCAAUUAUUUCGGUUAUUUCUUGUCUGUUACGACAUCGUCGGGCUGGGUCACAAUGCCGCUCCUGUCGCUGUCGACCUCGUGUUUGAGUCUGGAUGCUUCUUUUUGUCGGCACGCACGAAAAGCAACUUCCUGUGUCUGAGUACAGUCUCAGACGUAUACCAACGCCCAAACAUCGGUGGUGAACUCUUUGUUGUUGUUGAGCAAGAAAAGCAAUGCAACGCUGAGCACUCGAGCCUUGUGCCGCUUGUUAUGUGUGGCCACACCAGUACAAAGGCUCGAAUUGUCCGCUUUGACUCCGUUCAGCUCGUUGAAACGACAGUGUUCUUCUGACUGACGGUCAUAGAAAAGCGGUAUGAAAGGACAACUUUGGCUGGGGAUUUUGGGGCUUCUAUCGGUGCAUCUCAGCAUGAGGGGGGCAUCAGCCCGCACAAGUGGUAUGAUGUAUUCAUGCUUUGUAUCAUGUAAUGAUGUGGCAUGAUUUAUUACCACGCGUUUUGGGAGCCUCCCCGGCGGUAUUUGUUUUUGUUGGCAGUUGGCACACUCGGCCUAAUUGAUGAAUGAGUCUUGUUGGGUACUUGGUAGAUCUUGCUGGCCAGGAUCCAACCAUGAAAAGCUUGCACCCAAGAAGGAGGUGAACGAUGAUUGUGGACGAACCAGGGGCAUCCUUUUACGAGUGUUAUGAUGAAUGAAGUCUUUGUGAUGAUUUAUGACGUGCAAUCGGUGGAUCGAUUGUCUGAAUGUAUGUAUGUGUGGUGUUUAGAUUGACGAUUGCAUCUGGAGUUGUUUCGAUUGGAUACCCAACAAGAUUGUCGCCCUUUGGAAGAGCUUGGGUUAGAGCAGACACCGACGACUCUGGUCGCGGAUUCCAUCAUUUAUGCAUUGAACCCAUGUUUUGAGUAUACAAAUGCUGUCGUCGAGGCCACUUGUG